AGCACAUGAAGCACCAAAGCUGAGGAGCUGGAGGAUGUCUUCUGGGAUUUAAAAGAGCAAACAAACUUGCAGCUGUCAUUUCAAGACAUGGCGAUGAGUCCAGACCCCCGUGGGAUGACGGGAGAGAGGAACCGCAGCCAAACCAAUCAGGUGCCGUUCACCCCUGAAUUUACCAAGAUGCUAACGAGAAGCAGUGCGCGCUUUGGCACCUUAAGUCAUCACUCAUUCUUCUCCCGACAUAACCCUCAUCCAAACAGGGUGAAACAUAUUCAAGGACUCAACGGUAGGCCCGUUUGCAUGGUUAGAGAUGACUGGUUUGUCACCUCAUCAUUAUUUCCUCAUCCACUUCUCAAGAGCCAUGUCCUCAGGAAGGCAGCUCAUCCACCACUUGCUUUUCCGCUUGCUCAGUAUGUUCUUGGAGUUAGCGGUAAUAAAAACAAAUCAGCACAAUUUUCAGAGGCCUGGAGAGACGAACUUAGAGACCUCGCUGCAAAAGUCAGUUUAUCUUCUCAAGCACAAAAGGACAAAAAGGAGGUCCAACCUGAGGAAGAGUUUGUCCGCCGACAGACCCAAUACUCAGCUCAAACUGGAAGAAUCAUCCCUCCAUCCUCAAACUCUUACCAACGCAGAUCCUAUUCCCAGCGCCUGAUGCAUCCUCAGCCCUUCCACGAUCAAGAAGUCAUGGUGUUUGAGCUACUGUGUCAGAUCCUGCAGACAGACUCCCUGUCUGCAGUCCAGCAGUGGCUCCUGCUUGCAGGCCAAAGAGAGAAAGACCUGGUGAUGGGGAUGAUCAAACAAGCUCUGGAUGGUGUUGACCUCUCGGGUCAUCAGCAGCAGAGCCUCCAGCAGCUUCAGGCUCUUAAUCCUGGUGCAUCCCCAUCGUUGUACCGUGCAUCGUCUGACCUGUCUUGGAGAAAACCACAGAGAGCGAGCUCAUGCGAAGUGAAUCGAGCUUUCAGCGCUGACAAACCAGAGAGGAUUGGAGAUUCGGAGGUCCUUGAAGUCCACACGGAAGCUCAAAAUAAUCUUCAAGAUCAGCCACUUCAGCACACAGAGAGCGCUUAAAGUUCCCUGACUUACUCUGUAGUGGUAACUACAACAGACUGGUUCCCUUGUGUACUGGUCUCUUCAUAUAUUACAAGGUUUUCUUAAGCGUAUUUGCUGCGUAGAUGUUUCUUAGAAACACAAGCCAAUCUAAUGAAAGGAAUUCUCCAGAUUACAUUUGCAUUUAAAUAAUACAAUGCACAAUAGGCAGGAUACAUGAUACUGUGGUUGAUGUUGCAUUACUGUAUCACUUGUCUGGGGGAUCAUGUUGUCAAGCUGAGAAAAGCAGAGGGACAAGUUAAACAAGUGUAACCUGUUU